AUGUCGAUCACUCACAUUGUCCUCUUCCAAUUCAAAUCCGGCCUCGAUGCCCAAGUAAUCAAAGACGUCUGUACGCGCAUGCUAGAUCUAAAAGAUAAUUGCGUGCAUCCAUCAUCCCAGAGGCCAUACAUCAAGGCAUCAUCGGGGGGUAUUGACAAUUCACCCGAGGGUAUUCAGGGCGGCAUCACUCAUGCCUUUGUUGUUGAGUUUGAGAAUACGGCAGACCGAGACUAUUAUUGCAAGGAGGAUCCGAUCCAUCAAGAAUUCGUGAGGAGCCUAAGUGGAAUCAUUGAGAAGGCCCAGGCGAUUGAUUAUACGCCCGGUGUCUACUAG